CAAUUGUAUAGGGUGUCAGUAACCCUGCGGCGCUAUUCGCUUUCUUUAAAGAGUUUAAACAUGGCGGAAAAUUGUCGAGCAUGCACCUGAAUUCAGAAUUAAGUGUUUAAAAGACCCCAUCAAAAGAGUACUAUAGAUGGAUCCCCAAUCUCUAGAAUCCCUCAGGGAAUGCAAAAUGAAUUUCCUGGAGAUUUUGGAGGUUCAGACGUCUGACUGGGGAACUGAACACUACAAACAUAUUAUCAAGAUGGCGGCAAACAAGGCGAAAUUGAUCAUAGCAACAGCAGCCAACUACCUGCUGCAACUGAAAGAGGAAAUGGAAGACUUUAAGGAAAUUUUGCGGAAACUGAACAUAAUAAUGGCAGAACAAAUUCUGGGAAUAGCCAGCAAGGGUCUUUUCAUAGAUGGCGAAAAUAUAAGCGAAAAUGACAAGGAUGACCUCAAAAGCCUGAAAAGUGACGAAUUCCGCUUCCAAUACGAGGAAGCUGAGACUCUUCAUGACAGGCAAACCCAGAUUAAGCUCAAUCUAGACAUAAAAAGCUCGAUCAAACAGACUAGGAAGAUUCUGGACGAAGUGGAUGAUGACGUGAUGGUGAAUACUGUGGCUGUGGAAAAGCUGGAAGAUUUUAUCCAAAAGUGGGCGGAGAAACUAAUAGAAGGGGAGGAGGUAAAUAAAAUGACGGAUAGGGGUGAUGAUGGGAAAGAAAGCAUUGUAAAAAUGGAUGAAGACACCGAGGUUGAUGAUAGUAAAGACACCGAGGCUAAAGAUAAUGAAGACACCGGGGCUGAAGAUAAAGACACAGAGGCUGAAGAUAUUAAAGGCACCGAGGCUGAAGAUAAUGAAGAUGAAAACAAAGAUACAGGGCAGGAAGAUGAAAAGACACGAAAGGAGACGGAUCAAAGCACAAAGGUGGUGGAGAACGACGAUGACAAUAAAGACGUGGAUGAAGAAAAACAUAGUGGCGAGAAAAUCGCUGAUGAAGAGAACGAUGUUGAAAGUCUGAAAUCAAAAGUCGACGCUGAUACAAUUGAUGAUCAGAGACUGAGAGGUCGAUCAAAAACUUUGACUUCAAUCAAAACGGACAAACUUGAUGUCAUACUAGAGUCUGACGACGAUGAAACAGAUCAGGACGAGGGACAUACGGACGGAUUAGCAGCUAAAGAAUCCUUGGUAUAUGAAGAACAAGAUUCAGAUAGAGAUGGAGAGGAUGCAGAUACCAUCACUAAAGAAAAUAUCGAGAAUGACGAUAAGAAAGAUAAUGCAGACGACGAAGAGGAAGAUAUAGAAACACUAAUGAUGAAGGAGGUGGAGGAACAGGCGAAUCAAGAACGGGAAGAUCCAUUUCCAGCUGAAGAAUGGGAUACCUUCAUAUAUCAUCGACCACUUGAUCAAUCUGAAGAUCAAGAACAGGAAAUUGUAUGUGUUGUCAUUGUAAAACGUGAGAUGCUGAGACAAAAUUACGUCCUGUGUACUAAUACGCAUAAUCCUAGCGAUCUACGAGCUUGCCUAAAAAAUAAACACGAAAAGCUCUUGUCCUUUUUUGUUACAGUGAGAUUUAUACGGGAACCAGUUGAUAAGAAAGAGUGUUUCGUUUUUGUUCCGUACUACCUGCCUUCUGAAGCAUUUGAUCACGUGAUUAGAGUUCAAUCAGAGGAAGGACAGUGGACGGAUUUACCUCCAAAAGAUGUUUCAAACCUUGCGUCACUUCCGGGAGUGAAUUUUUGUGGAUUAGCAGUGCAAGAUCAACCCUCUUUUGGUCUGAUAGUAAUUGCAAAAGAAAAGCAGACUCAAUAUAGUGUCCCGGAUGAAGGAAUUGUAAUUGAACCUACCGACGAUAGGAACAUUACAAUUCUUAUCUCACCAGAAACAUUCAGUGGAGAAACAUUUGUAUCAUUUUCUACAGAUGAAAUUCUUCCUGAAAGACUUCGUGCAUACAAGAAGAACAAUUCCGAGUUCAAGAAUGUAGUCAGCCUCAGCGCAAGACUGCACCUACUUUGUGAAACUAAAACGGAGGAUGAACUGUCUGUGAUAUUUUAUGAUCUCCUGAGAAAAGAACAUGAAACCUCAGAAAUUGGAAACUUCAUUAAUCUCCCACACCCUCAAAAGGAGGCACUGAACAGAUGCUGGAGACAGCUGGUCAAUAAUCUAGAAAUAGAUUCACUUAUUCCAAGGAUGAAAGAAUGGGGAAUACAGACUAAAGUUCGUUUUGGUGAAGAAGAGUCCAUAGGGGUUGAGUUUUCACUUCGUCAGAAAAUUGAGAAUGAAGAAACAGUGGGAGACAAGGCUCGAUUGCUUUUGAGGGAAAUUGAGCAGUGUUCUUUAGAAGAUUUCAACAGCUUUAUUAUCUGUCUUCGCGAGUCCAAUCAACAUAAUCUCGCGAGACUCCUCGUGGAUACGAUCGAAAGGGUGAAAAAAGAACCAAAGUCCACAUCUGCUGUCACAAAGCGAGGAAAAACUGACACUAGGAUUCUUGUACAACGAGAUAACGAUCCGUGGUUACCAUCCAAUCCCGUGAUUAUCCCAGAAAGACCGGAUGAUUUGGUUGUUGUUCUGCCUCCAGGUGGAAAAGAUUAUCAGAUAGUUGUGGUUAAACUUUCUGGACAAACCCUAAAGAAAGAUCUCCGUAGUAUCGCUGAUGUUGUUGUAAAUGACGCGAGGGAGAGUCGUACGUUCUUAAUCUGCAGACAGCAUUCAACACACCCAGAAAAAAUCACCAUCCAGUGUGUUCCUGCGGAGAAUGCCGACUCCAGAAUCAGACAUUUGAAGGACAGUGGGUAUACACUUGGAGUUGGAGAGGACAUUCAGUUCGGAAUGUGCGAUGGUGAAACUUUAGAAAUUACCUUUGAUUCAAACAUUGGUCUGGUUGACAUUGGAGAAGAUGGAAUUCUUAGACUGCAUUAUUUUUCUUAUCUGGACACUGCCAUCUAUUCGGGAGACCUGUUUCUGGUAGACGAGCGAGCACAGUCCCAGGAGCCGAUUUUUUCAGGGGAUCUUUACUACAAUGUCGGGGCAGUCAAACAAAGACCUCCGAGAACAGGGUAUUUUAAGGUCACCCUUCCAAAGUCGGCGGUGCCGUAUGUUGACAGAACGCCAUUUCGCAUGCUGGAUGUACAAGUAAUUGCUCUUGCAAAAUACAUCGGAUAUCGGCUUGGCACGAACGGCAGAGAGAGUGUACUGAGGUUUGCGGAGUCAUUGGUUGAUGAUGUCGACUUGCGUAGGCGCCUGUACAUGAAAGUACGCAGAGUUUGCCGAGGAAAAGAUGACAGAGCACGAUGUGAGAUGUUCAUCAUCAACUGGGCUCGACAACGUCUGAAAUUUGAAAACAAAGCUGUGCUGUUGAUUGACGCUCUUUGGUUUGAACCAGACAUACAGGCGGAUGCAAAAGAUUUUGCCUUGGUCUAUUCUCAGUCAGGAAUCCUCUGUGAUCAUUAUUUGCUGAAAAUGUCGGAAUUUAUUGGAGAGGAAUGGAUAACUUUGGGAAGGAAACUGUGCAUUCCAGAUCGCGACCUAAAUCUUCUCCGAAUAGACUAUAAGGAUAAGGCAGUGAGAAAUUUCAAACUCUUGGACUCGUUCAGGUUUUCUAAAAUCGCCAUAGAGCAGGGAACCAGUGUCAUUCGUUUUUUGCUGCGGGCCUGUAAAAGUGCAGGAUGUACCGCUGGAUUGAUAACAUUCAUAAGAUAUAUCGCGGGAAUUUUCAGAGAACUCACCUUUAUGAGACCUCAGAGCUGGAUGAGCAUGCGUUCUGCGGUGCCAUCUGUAGAAAUCACGUGAUAAAAAUAUGGACUGUCUCUGUCAGUGAAUGUGAUAUAACAUUUUUUGUUUCAGCGGACAGAUUGCCUGUGAAUUGGAUUUUUAUAAAAUACCUCCAUGCGUAUCAAUUCUUAUCCAAGAACAAUGAUUUUUCAUUGUAGAAUUUUCCAAAAAACACUUCACAAUUUGAAAAAAACAAGUUCUAUCAGUUCGGAUGAUCUUUAGGCAUUUUAUCACAGUUGUUUCAUGAAUUUAUUUGUUUACAACAAGUAAAAUGACAAAGCUUUGCUAAAGAAUGUCUAUUAUCCUUUAUAGAACGAAGCCAAAAGUAUUCAGAGCUUACGGAACCCCGCCAAGUCCUCCCCGGUCCAUUAACAUGUUCAGGCUGUUUUCUUGAAAAAGUAUCUGCAGAAUUCACUCAAAUGUGGUAAAUAUUAUAAAUGCAGGUAUUUUUGUGAAAUACAGCAGCUGUACAGUGUCGUGAUAGCACACUGCAAUAACCAUACACGUAUACAGUGAAAUAAAACACGCCA